CUCCCUCCAGGAGGCCCUGAGGCUUGGUCCAGGAGACAUUGUUUAACUAAGGUGGGGCACUACCUGGUGAGCGCAUAUAAGGAAGAGCCUGAGGGAAGAACCCGGAACUCUGGGACGCUGCCACAGGGCUGACUCACCUGCCACCCUCCUCUGCCACUCUCCAUCCCACAAAGCUGCUGCUGCUGAGCCAGUCCUGACCUGGAAUACUGCUGACAUCAGAUGCGCUCAUCUAGGAAACAGAAGGAAAAGGCCUUAGGCAUCUUCUAAGGAGAGUCAUGGCACACAACCAGGAGACUCUAGCCAAGACCCCUGUCAUCAAAUUCAAGGGCCAAGACUUCAACUUCUUGCGGGAUCAUUGCCUAAGCAGAGGUCUGCUGUUUGAGGAUGAGACCUUCCCCGCGGAGACUUCCUCCAUAGGUCUGCAGCUGCUCCAGGGAAAAAACCUCUCCAGACUGAUGUGGAGACGGCCAAAGGAUAUAUUAGAGGGUAAAUCAGAACCUCACUUCAUCCUGGAAGGUGCAAGCAGAUUUGACAUCCAACAAGGAGAGGCCGGAGAUUGCUGGUUCCUGGCAGCACUGGGCUCCUUGACACAAAACCCACAGCACCUGCAGAAGAUCCUGAUGGACCAAAGCUUUUCAUGCCACUAUGCAGGGAUCUUCCGUUUCCGGUUUUGGCAGUGUGGCCAGUGGGUUGAAGUGGUGGUUGAUGAUCGCCUGCCUAUCCUCAACAGGGAAUAUCUCUUUGUGCAUCCUCGCAACAACAACCAAGAGUUUUGGCCCUGCCUGCUGGAGAAAGCUUAUGCCAAGUUUCGUGGGUCCUAUCUCAACCUGCACUACGGCUUUCUUCCUGAUGCCCUGGUGGACCUCACAGGAGGGGUGGUCACCAGCAUCGACCUGCACUCCUUUCCUUCUGACCUGGUGAUGAUGCUGAAGACAGCAGCCAAGGCAGGCUCCCUGGUGACCUGCGGCACCCCGGCCUCGCCAACAGGUGAGGCCAGGAGAAUGGAAGACGGCCUGGUGAGUCAGCAUGCCUACACAGUGACCGGAGCCGAGCGGAUUCAGUACCGGGGGAGCUGGGAGGAUCUUAUCCGCCUGUGGAACCCCUGGGGCAACACGGAAUGGAGAGGGUGCUGGGCAGACGGGUCACCAGAAUGGCAGGAAACCCACCACCAAUGGAGAAGACUGCUGUAUGAGAAUAAGGACGAUGGCGAGUUUUGGAUGUCAUGUCAAGAUUUCCAAGACAACUUUUCCUGCCUAUACGUAUGUAACCAAUUUCCAGUCAGUCUAAACCAUGGAAACAUGCCUCCUGAAAGAUGGUCCCAAAUGAUGUUUAAGAACCAUGCAGUUCCAGGAAACACCACAGAAGAACUUCUGAGGGACACGCAGUUCGUCUUCUCUGUGCCAGAGAGUAUGGAAGACAACAAUGUCGUCAUGUCCUUCAACAUCAUGCCGCAAAAUUUAAAGGCAAAAGAUGAGAAAUUUCCACUCACCUUCAAGGUAUUCAAGGUCGACCCUCAGGUACGGUUCAGCCCCUUCUCCUGCUUCUGUUGCUGUGCAUCGUUCCAGCCCUUCUGGAAGAGGUUGCCACCCACCUUCUUUUCUCAAUUCAGAAACGCUGUCAAGGGCAUAGUUUCUAAAACCAAGUGCAACCUCACAAAGUACUUCAGUCUGAGCCCUGGGACCUAUGUGGUGGUCAUCGCCACAUACAGAGAAGUUGAGUUUUUGCUCCGGAUCUUCCUGAAAAUGCCAGAUGGUGACAGGAACCCGAGCAGCAAUUUCAGCCUUACAACACUAAGGGCAAGUCUUCUGGAAAAUGGCUCCCAAGGAAGCAUCUUCCACAAAUACGCUCACCAGGGGCUGGACAUUGAUGCAACCCAGCUUCAGAGCCUUCUCAACCAAGAGCUCCUGAGAGGAACUCCAGGGGACACCUUCUCUUUGGAUGAGUGCCAGAGCAUCGUGGCCCUGAUGGAUCUCAAAGCGAAUGGGAGGCUUGAGCAAGAGGAGUUUUCAAGGCUGUGGAGCCGUCUCGUCCAGUGCCAGAAUGUUUUCCAGAACAUCCAGAAACGUUCCGGAGUUUUCCUGAGUGUGGAUUUGUGGAAGGCUAUAAAGGAUGCAGACUUCCUUGCAGGGACCUCCGUCAGCAACGAGCUUCUGGAUCUCAUGACCCUCCGGUACAGUGAUCACAGUGGCAGGGUCAGCUUCCCCAGCCUGGUCUGCUUCCUGUUGCGACUUGAAGCCAUGGCAAAGACUUUCCAGAACCUCUCCAAUGAUGGAAAAGGACUCUACCUGACAAAAAUGGAGUGGAUGAACCUGGUCAUGUACAAUUGAAGCAAGAAGUAAAGCAGACCCCAGAGUCCAGUAAAUCCAUCUCCUGUAUCCUGCAGACCAAAGACAUUCUUUUUGAGACGUGGAAGUCUGGAUUUGCCUGUGGCAAGGUGAAACUCCUUACCUGCUUUGGCCAACAUACACCUGGAGAUGACUAUAGAACCUGGGGUAUCCAGCCUUCCAGAUCUGGCCUUUUUUUUAGUCUGUUUAUUUAUUUUGAAAGAGAGACCAUGAGUGGGCAGAGAGAGAGAGAGAGAGAGAGAGUGAGAAUCCCAAGCAGGCUCCACGCUGUCAGCACAAAGCCCAAU